AUGGCGAUUCUACCUGGGGUUCCAUUUAUCAGAGUUACAGUUAACGCUCCUAAGAUUUCAGCAGAAUAUCCCGAUCUUGACGACAAUGAGGAUGAGAACACGCAAAAUGGCCCUCGACACAAGAUUUCAACUGUAAUUUGCAAUGAGGAUGGAUUCAAACCCAAUAUCUGGGAUCAUACUUUGACAGGAGACCGCCUUAGACAACCCGGCAGCACAAAAUUGAGACCCUUCCAGUUUUCUGAGAUUCAAAUAGGAGACGACGUCCCCUUCUCGCACAACCCAAGAGAAGUCUCGCAGCUCGGAGAACUCAUAGUCCAGGUUUGGCGUGUCCGUAAAGUCGUUCCGGUGGAUACUCCGAUCUCCACACCGGAUCAGGAGACGAUGCCAAUAAACACAAAGUUUCACGAAAAACAGUUAAAGGGCAGAGCUGUAACCCAUACAACAAAGCUUGGAAAACCACAAAAAAUAUCGGACCAAGAGACAUUCUAUCAGCUUGAAUAUAUUGAUCCAGUUAGCAAGCCACUGGCCGAGUUCCAUUUCAAAUAUAGAUCAAGGGAAGUUUUGCAGCAGAUGAUGAUACUUCCUCAAGACCAGGGAUUGACACCAAAAGUUAAUCGAGCUCCUUUGCCUUCGAAGCCUUUACCCGGGGUACCAGUUCAACCUGCCUUGAUUGAAAGCACAAGCAAAAGGCCUUGUGUUCUUAACAAGGAUGCUGUUAAAGGAAUCCAAGCAUCGACUGCUCCAAAGCAUAAGGCUAUAUCCGAAAUGGCCACACCACCCCCACCAGCCACAAAGUCAGUGAUCACAGGAAGAUCUUUCGAUCCGGUAACUGGUGCCUUCUUGUCAAUGCCAGUACUACCCCCGCUGUCAGUUAUUACUGGCAGAUCGCUUGAUCAGGCAACGAGCAAUUUGUCCACCAGUACCUUCUCCUCAUUAGCACCACCAGCACAGAAAUUCGGUCAAAUGGUUCCCAAAAUUACGACUGGCUUGGCAUUUGCACCAUCCCCAAACGUGCUUCCAGUAAAGCCAACUGCUUCCAGAGAAGAGAUCAGAUAUCCAUCAGUUCCUGCUUUUGGAUCAAUUUCACAGGUAGCAGCACCUAGUUUUGUUUUGAAAGCUAGACCUGCAAUGCCAGUAGAGUCACCAACAGAAGCAAUGUUUAAACCGAAUGCUGUGGCCUUCGCAUCAGGUGAAAUGUUUGAGAAAAGCACCGACAAUCAAGGAGGAAAAUCGGUAGACAGCCCAAACAACAAUCAAGAACCUUCAACACUUCCAGUCACACCUGCUACACCUAAGCCUAUCAGCCAAGUAGCUUUGGAGCCUGGUGCCACCCCAUUUACACGAGUACUGAUGGAAAUCCAAAGAAGUUUAGGUCAAUUAAGAGACAUAGCAAAGGGUUUUAACGUUGUCAACGUAGUCGAGGUCCAAGAAGAGAUCUCGCGAGUCGUUGAUAAAGUGCAGGCAGAGGUCGAAGGACAGGCCAGAUCUGAGGUGACACUGAAGCGCGAACAUGUAGAUGAACGCGAUGAAGAUGAACCCGAAGUUAUCCUUGAGCGUCCUGUUAAAAGACGACACAUCUUUACAGCCGAAGAUGAAAUCAUUGAUCUGACUACCGACUGA